UAUUCUAAAGCCGCAGAUUUUUGUUAUUGUGUCUAGAUUAAUUUAUUUUUUUGACAUUUUCAGAACUACAACUACACUCCUUUAAAAUAAUUACAGAUGUUGGUAGACUUCUGUGGUAUUUUGGCGUCUUGAAUCCUGCAGGCGUGUGUUUUAACAGGACUACGGCGCUCAAGCUGCUCAUCAUCUCGCUCAGAACAUAACGGAAGGGAGUGACACAAACAAUGGGAGGACAGAGGAAUCAUUGAUAACACCGCUACACAUCUAUGCAUCUAAACAAGCCUACUACUGAAGCGGCACUAAUGUGGAACUAGUAUUUUAAGUGCUGGCCAGUGAUGCAUUGAGAAUCGAUUGCCACUGUGAUAAAUGCAUCUGAAUCUGCAGUAGAGCAUUUGUAGAGUAUUGUUUUAAGAUUUCAGACCUGUCCUUACAAUGGAUUUCCCUUUCGACAUAAAUGCGCUUUUUCCCGAGAGAAUUGCAGUGCUGGAUAAUAACUUGAGUGCAGGUCGGAAAGCACAUAGCAGACCAGAUCCUAUUCUUCAAAUCACCACAGUUAUAGAUGAGCUGGGAAAAGCCUCCUCUAAGGCCCAGCAGCUGCCAGCACCUAUAACCAGUGCUGCAAAGCUCCAGACCAACAGACACCAUCUCUACCUCCUGAAAGAUGGGGAACAGAACGGCGGAAGGGGUGUUGUAGUUGGAUUUCUGAAGGUUGGCUACAAGAAGCUCUUUUUACUUAACCAACGGGGGGCGCAUUUGGAGACCGAGCCAUUGUGUGUGCUGGAUUUCUAUGUGACAGAGACCAUGCAGAGACAUGGCUACGGGCUUGAACUCUUUGACUUCAUGCUGAAACACAAACGGGUGGAGCCUGAGCAGAUGGCGUACGAUAGACCUUCGCCUAAAUUCCUGUCAUUUCUAGAAAAGCACUUUGAUCUCAAAAACAGCGUUCCGCAGGUGAAUAACUUUGUGGUUUUUGGUGGCUUCUUCCAGAGUAGAUCAGCGGUCCAAUUGAGAAAAGUUCCCCCCAAAAAGCCAGAGGGAGAGAUCAAACCAUAUUCACUAAUGGAAAGAGAAGUGGUACGGGAGGAGCAGAGGGCUCUCCCCUGGCCUUUUGUUCGCCCAGCGGGUCCCCCCCACUCUCCCCCGCUGCUUCCAUCAUCUCCGCAAUCCCGUUCGCUCAGUGUGGGAUCCUCCCCCAGCCGGGCCCCCCAACGUCCCGUCGUGGCCCUGGGGCUCCUGCAGGGUCAGACCCCUUCCUCUCAACUCAACGACAGCUGCAGGACAAAACGCACCAGCCACAAAGGUCUGGUUGCCAGGAGCAACCUCUACAGUCGCCAUUUCAACAGCCGAGACCUCGAGCAAUCAUUGGUGGAACGGCAGAACGGCCUAAAGCGUCCAGCUGUCAUGUGUGCUUCCUCAGGGCUGAAAGCAGUGCUCUGUGAGAGAGUGUGUGACUCAGGGGCAAAGGCAGAUGCAGUGGAACACAAACACACUUCAGAAAGAACGCAUCUUAAAGGCCAGGUUGUCGCCCUUCCUACACCUGCUGCCCCCAUUAAAGAUCAUCUUCAGGAGCAGGCCUCCAUAGCAUCUGUGAGCAAUGGAGAGCGAUGCAGCGACCUGAAGGCCAAAGUGUCACACAACAGAGAACAGGACCGGAGGAAAGGUGGAGCGGCCGAGAUCUCGAGUGGCGGAUGGUCUUGGACGGUUGGGGAGAGCCGCUGUACGGCGCAAUGGGUCCGGCAGAAGCAAGAGUAUCGCAGCACGCGACCGUGGUGACAGGACACCAUUGAAACAGGAAUAUCCGUUGGACAUUGCAAAAGAAGCUUGGAUAGAAGUAAGAAUAAUAAAGGGAAGUGGGGGGAAUGAAUUAAAUAUUUUUUAAUAAACCACAAAAGUGAAAAAGACCUUCAAUGAAAAUAACAUCAGCAGCUAUUUUUAACUCCAUUGGAUUUGUGGUUGUAAGACUUUUUUUUUUUUUUUUUUAAAUCAGUUCUAUUUAUAAAAAAACAUCAGCAAUACAUUUUAUGGCUUGUGCUUUUUUUUUUUUAUAUAGUUUUAUAAUCUGCUUUCAAAAACAGGUCUCUGCAAAAGUACAAUUUUGUUUCCAUGGAAAAUAAAAUGAAAUUGUUGAAAUUUGUUCUGUUAAAUUCAUUUAGAUCGCUGCUUUCAAACAACAAAUACUUUUACAGUAAAGCUGAUGCUCAUUCUUAUAAAAUGAUCACAUAAUUACCUCGAUCCCUUCUGGAAAUCAUUUAUAUUACACCUCUAAACAAACAGAUUAAACCCUUGGAAACAUUUGACCAAGGACAUUAGUGCAUGCAGCUCCUAAUAUCAUGUCUAAAGUUAUGAUACAUGUACCGUCUAAACGUCUCAGUCACAGUAGACAUCAUCAACUAACACUAAAAAGGGUGUGUAAGUACAUACAGAAGCUCACAUCUUUGCAAUCUGAAGUGGACAGCCGAAUAUUUUUCAAGAUGCAUGUUCAGCUGGAAUA